GCUGUGUUUUUCUAUGGCUCAUCUGUGCGGAUUUCGGCGCCAGAAAAGAGUUGACCGCGUCCCCAGCAAAGGUGCUGCGGGGCUGGUGUUUCACCAUGACGUGCAUUACACCCUGGCACAGAGACGAUAAGAGGCCUUUCCUCCAACGGACCGACACCAUGCUGCUGGAUGUCAUCCGGCCGAAGGAUGUGCCACGUGGGCAGGUCAUGUAUCCCAAGGACUAUGACAAGUCCUUGAUGACAGAGGACAUUCCGAGAUGUCAACCGACCUACGACCAUCUCAAAUAUCUGGAGAAGCCAGACAUGAGCGUGGGCUGCACCGACCCGGUGCACGCAGGUGGCAAGGCGCGGUCCUACUACGCACCCAUGGACCGUCGUCCCAGGGAUCUGAGCCUCACCACGGCGGAUAUCGAGCUGGCAAUUCCUAGAGGUGGACAACACAAGGGUUUCCGUCAUACGGAUCCAGUGUGCCCACGCUAUGAGCUGCCAUCCUCCUACCAGUUGCCUCCCCCAGAGAUGCGAUUCAAUGGUCGUCAUUGCACGGACAAUUCGGAUAUUGAGAAGAGUCAUCCCAGGGUGCUGGCUCCAACAAGGAACUACAUUCGAGACCCCAACGAGGGCCGAGACAUCGAAUUCUCAGCUCCCAACUUCGGUGAAAAACUGAAGACUCUGAAUGCCAGAUCUCGUCCGGAUUUGUCUUUGAACGUGCAGGACAUCAAUGGUGUGAAGCCGGCGCGGCCCCGGUGUACGGACCCCUUGGAGCCCACCUACAAGGUGCCAACAGCUGCCACCACGUCACUUCAUGCCAUCUACGCAGAGGAGAAGGGCAUGGGCAUUCAGUUGCCGAAUGUGAAGGUGCGCGAAAUUGGCCCUGUCAAGGGCUCCACCUCGAAGGUUCUCCACUGGGACAAUGGCGAGCCACAGCUCAGUCUGCUCAGAGAGGAUGUCGCUGGUACCGUGCCACAACGCUGGGUCGGUGGAGUGCCCACCAACAUCUAUGACCCACCGGAGAUCAGGCCCUUGAUGUCCUUCCACGAUCCUCACGACAUUCCUGGAGCGCAGGUGGGAAGCUUGAAGAAGGGCAUUGAGGGUUCGCGACGGCGUGUCAAUCCCCUGAAUCCCAAGUAUCCCAUGCUGGAUGGCAACGCACGACCGCAGCCGGUGCCCACCUUCGAGGCUCAAAGGCAUCCCAUGUUGCGCAAUCCUUCCAGCAGCUCCAGUAUGCCAAAUUUGCACACUUCGCGCUCGCUGCGGCCUGCUGGAAGAAGAACCUUCUCAGAGUUGUCCCACUCGCAGAGUGCGGUGUCCCUGCAGCGCGAUGCGCUCACGGCCGCGGCGCAGCCGGGAAGCCAAAGGCUUAGCGAUGCCGGCAGCCAGAGGCCGUCUGCUCGAUCCCAGGGCAUGCAAUCAGGGUCACACCCAGAACAGGAGGAGCCACCAGCUCAGACGAUCCGAUUCGAUCUGCAAGGUGCUUGAUCCACGGCAAAAAACGGUUUCACUGCAGGUGGCUCCAUGGCAAGUUUGUGUCACUGAAUCAGGACCUGACAGCACGCAGAGCUGAAAAAGUC